AUGCCUCGUCAAGGAAGAUCCGGAAGGGGAAGCGUCCCAUCUCGUCCAACAGUCUCAGCCCCCAGCAGACCACCUACCGUUCAGCAAACCCGACCAGCAACUACUGCUGCAUACCCACCAAGGCCAGCUUCUGGUGCAGCUCCCCCGGCAGCUCCUCAAGCACAAGCAGGUGCUCCACAAACCCAGAGUUCUUCUGGUCCAGGUCUAAUCGGACAAGUGGCUAGCACUGCAGCAGGUGUCGCCAUCGGAUCCUCAUUAGGCCAUGCCAUUACCGGUUUCUUCGGCGGUGGAUCUAGCGCACCCGAAGCUGCCCAAGAUAAUGCUGUAGCAGCCCAAACUCAAGAGAAGAAUCAAUUUGGCGAACCAAACUGUGGCUUCCAAGUCAAGAGCUUUACCAACUGCAUGGAUGAAAACCAAGGGAACAUGUCAAUUUGCAAUUGGUAUUUGGAGCAAUUGAAAGCGUGCCAGAACUCAGCAAGCCAAUAUUAA